CGUGGGAAUGCGUGCUGGAGAUUAUUGGACCAUGAUGUGCGAAUGAUUCAUUCCGUAACACAACCAUGGAUAACAACCGAGGAUGAAAGUCGAGAGAUGAUGGCUCUAUGGCCGGAGAUUUUCCGCGACCUCGUACAUGGGGCUAAAACUUAUAGGACGAGCAAUCUUUUAGAGAUUCGCAAUAUCCAUAAAUUGAUGGAAAGAAUAUUACAGUACAUUGUACCAGAUGAAAAGAAACUCGAGGUUUAACCGUACCUUAUGUCUACAGGUUACUGACAUCGAAUGAUCAACUUACAGAAGAUAAUAUUCGUCUGACACGGAUUUUAGAAUUCUGCGUGGAAACGUUGCAAGCUUACUCACUCCUUCUUCAGGAUAUACAAGACGGAUCGAUUCGAGACGGAUUAUUCGGAUUUAGAGACUUGCCACAUCGAGACGACGAUUUAUUUAUUGUAAUUACAGAUCAUAUAGAUCAUACUUCAAUGUUAAACAAUACUAUCAAGUAUAUAAUUCGAAAGCACUUUGAAGACAAAGAACUUUGUUUUGACCUACUAAAAACAUUCCAGGAUACAUUGGAGGAGCAGUACGCGAACAAUGGGAAGAUUUAUAUUUUUACCAAUUACGGCAAGAAGCUCCAUCCGAAUGUAUUUACGGCUCAAUACCAUUCUAUUGUUGGUUACAAAACGUCCCAUUAUUCAUUUUUCUUACCAGUGACCGUGGCAAUGCAUUUUGCUGGAAUAAAUAAUGUAGACAAGUUGAGGCAAGCAGAAGCCAUCUUGUCAAAUGUGGGAUUUUUGUUCAACGUCCAAGAUGAUUAUAUGGCUUGCUUUGAAGAAUCCAAGGUUAUUGGCAAAGAUAAUACUGAUAUACAAAAAGGAAAAUGUACAUGGCUAGUUGCUACAGCUUUCGAUUACGCUACUCCAGUGCAGCGUAACAUUUUAAAAGAAUGUUAUGGCUCUUCGGAUCCGGAGAAAGUGAAACGUGUGAAACAGCUCUUUAUCGAUUUGGAAUUACCAGAUAGAUAUUCUAUAUUCGAAGAUGAAAUGUAUAAUUUACAAAAUGUACUUUUACAAAAGCUGUCACCCGGGCCUCUACAUAAGUUUUUCUCGGAUUUAUUAGGGAAGCUUUAUCGCAGAAGUGUUUAAAGAACCGUAUAUAUUAAAGAAAUAGAUUAAUGCAUUAAUCCUUCAUAAAAUUUGAACUUUAGAUAAAUUUGAAUUUUAAGAAGAAAUGUGAAACAACAUGUGUUCUGUCAUUGUCUCGAAGAAUGAUAGAAUGUUAUUUCAAAGUGAAAAAUGUCUAAAAACAUUUUAUAAAAUAUUAUGUACCGGGAAGAAUUUAUCUCUU